AUGUUCACCAAUGCCGCGAACUCGACACCAGCCGUGCCCUCUCGCAAUGCUCUCCGGGUUCUCCGUCAGCUUGCCUUCGCUGGGUCUACUGUUGGCAGCUUUUGUGGGGUUGCAGUCAUUACCUACGACGUUCACCGUCGGGUGCGUGUAGCCGAGCAAAUUAUCGAGAACAAGCGUACGCUGCACACUUCUGCGCCUAAUUACGAUGCGACCGCCUCUGCCCAACGUUUGGCGUUGAUGAUGGAGGCAGCAGAGGCUGGGGAAUUCAUGGGAUUAGCUUCCAUGAAGAGAAAGAAGGGGUCUCUGCCAAUUGCCAAAGAAAAUGCGCUAGCCGAUCAAACUGAUGCCACCAUCUCACCACCUACCCGAGCACGUCCUGCACCGCGAUGGUUUCAGACUGGACCAUACUAUCAAUCCUCACCGCCUGCUCCUGACAGCGCGACCGAAAUGCGACUGAGGGCUGAAAAUCGGUUAGCUCUGGCCCGUGAGGCUCGAGAAGCUGAAAGUGCACGUGCAGCCGGAGAGCUCCCGCUCGAGGAUCGAAUCCGAAAUUUGAUACACGCAGACCGGGAGAUCGAAGCCGCUCAGGUCUUCAUGGAUAAUGUUGAAGCCGUCAAGGAAAACAAGAUUUCCUCGGAUCGGCGAGGCCUUCUGCGCCAACUCUUCGCGGCCAAUUGCAUGAAAGGAAAUAUUUUCAUCGCACGCUCUUUGUUCAAGCACAUGGAGAAGCUGUCUGAGGUCGAUUCAGAGGUGUGGUCGACUAUGAUGCACCUUCUUGCUAAAGAGGGACAUAUCGAGUCCGUGGGGGCAAUCUUCGAGAAGCACCAUGCGAAACUGACGGUUCCGCAUCACUUAUUGGAGGUCAUUGUGCGAAGUCUCUUGGAAUCACGCCGGUUGACUGCAGCCAAAUACCUCUUUUAUGCGCGCAUCAAGCACGAUGAUAACGGAGGGCUAUGUGGCGCAUAUCUAGAUGGACUCUGGAGAAAGACUCGGAAGAUUGAGUUGCUCAAGGCUGAAUUCAAGAGGAUUAUUAACGCGCUGGCGGAGCUCGAUCGGAGUCCAUCAGAGAAGAUAUUCAAUCCGAUGAUAAAGGCCUACGUUGAGUCUGGCAAUUUCGAAGCUGCUGAGGCUCUGGUCGUGGCCAUGCCAUCGGAGUUUGGGGUGAAGCCUGGAUGCCGCACCCUCGGUCUCGUUGUAUACGGCAAGGCUCUUCAAUGCAACUGGGACGGUGUGUUGAAUGGCCUGCACGAGAUGUAUGAGCUCGGAUUCGCUAAGGACAAGAAAAGCUUUGCAUUGGUCUUCGACCGUGUUUUCUUGGAGUACUAUCCGACACACUCCGGUCCUGAGGUCUUCGAUUUCUUGAUUGCUUGCAUCAAUCAAUUUGAGAUUCGACCUGACAAGAUCCUUCACCGGCACAUCAUUGAGGCACUUGUUGAGCGAUGCGAUCCAAACUGUUUGAGAGAAAUCGGUGAGUUGGCCGAAAAGCACCAUUGGAAUACAGGACUCGAUCAGUACGAGCUGGUCAAAACCCUUGAAGCUCGGCGUGUGGCCAUGCAAGACACACCGGUGGGUAUCUGGCGGAUGCUUCAGGCUGCCAAGCAGCAGUACGGAUCCGUCGCAAGCAACCGGCGAUUUAUGGGCUCAGACGCCGACAAGUACUCGCUGCGAGAUCAUGUCUUGCAACCAAUUCACCGAGGCGCCGAUCAAACAUUCCCAGAGAGCAUGAAAAAUCUCGUGAGCGCAAAAUCCAUGAAUACCUACAUGGCGCUUUCGAAGCGACAAGAACACCAUAUCCAUGCUGGGAAUUUCGCAAAGGCUCUUGCUGCCUUCCAAAAGGCAAGCCAAUCUGGCCAUCCCAUUAAACCAAUCAACAUUCAACUGGCUGUCAUCUCUAUUCUCCUCGACCGCGGCAUUUCUGGCCUCAAAGAGGCCCAAAAAGUGAUCAAGUCCGAAUGGUCAUAUUGGUCAAGGCUCCCAAAGACGCAGUACUCCGCCAGAUAUCCUCGAUUUGUUCCGAUUUUUUUCCAACAAAUAUUGCAGAUCGAACAACGCCAGACGUCUGAGACCACAUUGCUCAACAUGUCUUUGUUUGAAUUCUAUAAGCUUUGUGAUGAGACACCCAUUUUCAAUGUCAAGCACCACUUGUCUGUAUCAAUAGCCCGGCGCUUGAUCAAGGGCGGUCAAAGCCAGAGUGCAAUCGGGGUGCUCACAGCUGUCUACAUGUCCACGUGGCGCAAGUCUCACGGGUUCGAUCAAGUGCAACUCAAGAUGCUCAUGCGGGCCUUUGCAAUGACGGGUCACCUGCGCGGUGUGUGGUGGUGCAUGAUGACGGUGCUCUCUCGAGAAGAGCCCGUCCGUCACUACUUUGUUGUCGAAGCCAAGCGCUUACUACCGCUACUGGAAGCCCAAGAUUCCGCGCGGGGUCUGGCUUCGCAGCAAAGACGCAAUGUGCAAACGCUCCUUGACAUUGUUGUGGCGCUAGAGGGCAAGGCUGCUGGCCAGCCAGACUGGAAAGACCUCCGCGUCAACUCACAGAAAAAGAGCCAGCAACGAGCGACGCUCAUGAGGCCAGGCGACCGUGAAGUAGACACCCUGCCUGCUAUGAGUGUCCAAAAUAUGGUCACGGCCUUUGAUGAGGAGAUGGAAAUGGAAUUCUUGCAGAAGCGAGCGCAGCAGGACUUUUCCACUCUUCAAAGCUCAUGGGAAGAGGGCCGGAUGGUCUCUGAGCGUCUUGUACCGCCUGAGGACGCAGAGUAUCCUGCAGUUGUCCCUCGGCGCGAGUCGGCCGCGGCUUGA